CAGAUCGACAGCAAUGGCCACGAGGAGUAAAACUGACAUCUAAUUUCUACUUCAGACAAACUGAGGCACACGGGCUGCGAGGGAUUAUUGCCUCCUCGAACGGAUUAUAGCAGAGGAAGUUUAAGUAAACAUCUUAAUCAAUAAUACUGAAAUCUUCUCAGUCACGUGGUCAGGCCUGGCCAAUCGGAGCGAGCCAGGUCCAACGGAAAGUAUGUCCUUUGUUCGGAUAUUUGUCCAACUUUAUCUUCAAAUCUGAGCAGAAAUCUUCAUGCACAUCACAGGAUAUGGACAAACAGGAAGUAUUUUCUGAGGAGGGAUCACAGUGGAAACGUUUUGGUGUCUUUUUUUCCGCGGAAUGCCACGUGUUCCAGUUUUUUUUUUCUUUUGUGAACAACAGGACGUGGAGGCAGAUUUCAUCACAUGACUCCCCUCCCCCACCCGGCGCAGGGACUGAGGGAAGAAGGCGGACAUGUUGGAGGGAAAUGUGUUGGUUAAAAAGUAUCGAGGUGGGAGACCAGAAGAAUUGAUGAAGAAAGGUUUUACAUUACUUUGGGAUUUACCAGUCGAUAUUUUAACUCAAGAAUUUAAUGUGGUAUUUUUAACAUUGUAUUUUAAUUUUUUUAUGAUUUUGUUAUUUUAAAUGAGAAUUUGUUUAAGUAAUUUUUUUGUGUUUCUAGUCUUACAGGUUGUUUUUAAAUCAGUUAUUUUUUUUCAGUGAAACCCUCGAUGGCUCCUUUCAGUGACAUUGUUGUGAAUUAGUAACCUUGGUGUGGGGGAUGGGCGGCAGUGGUUAGGUAACCUUUUUGUGUGGUCUUGUUUUUCAGGUUUUUUUUAUUAAGUGACAGUUUCGGUUGAAUUUAACAUGGUUUUAAAGUUUUCAGGUAUAUUUUUGCGAUUUUUUUGUAGUUUACUAUCUUGAAACUCUAAACUGUGUGGAAUUUUACUUUUACAUCAAUAAUAUACAGUUAUUAUCUUAAUGUUUUCAGUGAUGUUGGUGAUCGUUUUGAAUGUUUCCUUUUAAUGUUAAAUUGGAAUUAAUUCAGUUUGAGGUCAGUAUGGAAAACUGCUGUGUCAUUCACUGGAGUUGAUAGGCUCUCUGGCAGUAUUAGGUUGGCUUGUUUUUCAUUGAUUGUUGUUGUGCCUUUCUGUGUUUGUUAGGUAAAUACAGGCGAUAAGUUUUCUUUUGUAGAUGUGAAGAUUUAGGUGUUCAGUAUUUGUGUGCCCUUGAGAUACUUGUUUGUGGGCCAAGAAGGCCUUUCUGUCUGUGUAGUUUUGUGGCCUUUUCCUUUGGAUCAAACGACGAUUUUAUAUUCUCCUGUAUGGAAAUAAGAGACAAGUAUCCCGUAUCUUAUGUUGUCGUUCAAUAUUUAGCUGCGUUUACGGUAAAUAAUUCGGUUUUACAUUGUUAGAAUCGUGUUUAAAGAUGGCGGCGGGGAGCCUGUUCUCAAAGGCAGAAAUGCGGAUAUUCUGGUAAGUAGGAGCUCGUGGGGAGAGGCCCCCGGCUCCUCGCUGGUGCGCGUGACCUGGAAGAAUGACCAAUAGGCGUCUUGGUAUUCAUCCGCCAAGCCCGCGUUGUAGCCGUUUGGACCAAUCCGCGCAGCCGCUUAGCACACGUUGACGUAAUGUAAUAUGAUAAGGAGAAGGCGGCUGCGCUGCCCUCGCUUUUUGUGAAGAAGUUUAUGGCGGAGCCAGUCGCAGGCCGCAGUGUUUGAUACGGAAUAGAGCGGGCCAAUAGUAUCGCGUUGCUCCUUUGACUGACAGCAAGAACACUCGAACAGGUUGGCCCGAAAGCUUGCCAGUCGAGAACUGGCAAUCUGGGGCGGGGCGACUUUGACAGACAUCAUGAGCAGCGAAUGAGGUUUCUGGGGGCGGGGACUUUCUGCGUCACUUUGACCAAUAGGAGGCGUUCUCGGUCUAUAAAAUAACGGGUGUAGUCGCAACGUCGCCAUUUCAACGAAGCAGACAGCAAGGAGGUCGUCGUGGCGGGGAGCUUUUCAUAUUGCCGAGCGGAGACGGAUCCUAUCUUUAAAGAGAAUCCGGAUCCAUCCUGAUGGAUAUGGCUCUUAACUCGCCCCUUGACAGUUCCCAUGUCGGCCUGGAUGUUGGCAUGCUGGGGAUCACCAUGGAUCAAGGCUCUGGCGCGGCAGGGAAACGCAUCCGGAAACCUUCGCUGCUCUACGAGGGCUUUGAGAGUCCCGGGAUGCCCCCCGUCAGCCACAUGGUCCAGUCCGGACCACCACAGCCUGCAGUCAAAGACCCCAACAGGCAGGGACGGAUGACCAACCAGCUGCAGUUCCUGCAGAAAGUCCUGCUGAAGUCUCUGUGGAGGCACCACUUCGCCUGGCCCUUCCACGAACCGGUCGACGCAGUCAAGCUCAACUUACCUGACUAUCAUAAGAUCAUCAAAUGUCCCAUGGACAUGGGGACGAUUAAGAAGAGACUAGAGAACAACUUUUACCGCAGUGCCAGUGAGUGCAUGCAGGAUUUCAACACCAUGUUUACCAACUGCUACAUUUACAACAAGCCCACAGAUGACAUUGUACUGAUGGCCCAGUCUCUGGAAAAGGCCUUCCUGCAGAAAGUGGCUCAGAUGCCUCAGGAGGAGCUGGAGCUGCCUCCCCCUCCUCCGCGCAGCAAGCCGGCCAAGUCCAGCCGCAAGAGCAAAGUUUCUGGAGGCGUGACGACAGCUCAUCAAGUACCAGCGGUUUCCCAGUCGGCGUACUCUCCUCCGACCCCGGAAACGCCCGACUCCAUCCUCUCCACCCCCCCUCAGACGCUGCUGACCAAGAGCUUGCCUCUUUCCCUUCAGACUGAACAGAGCAUCCCGAUGGCCGGCCUGCCGCCCACGCAGCCCACUGCCAAGAAAAAAGGAGUGAAGCGGAAGGCCGACACGACCACUCCGACCACCAUGGCCAUGCCCAUCAUGAGCACCAUGGGCGUCAGCGGCAUCGGCCUGGGGAUGGGAGGAGGCCACGACUCCCCGCUCACGCUCACCUCGCUCGGGGUGGAUCACAGCUCGGCGCUGGGGAUGAACGCCGGCCUCGGCCUGGGGAUGGGCCAGGGGAUGAACAUGGGGGUGAACGUGGGGAUGGGCAUGGGGGUCAGCAUGGGGAUGGGCCGAGGGGGGAUCAUGGGAAUGGGCCCCAAGGCCACGGCGGCCAGCAGGAGAGGGGUGAGCGGAAGACCCAUCAAACCUCCCAAGAAGGAUCUGCCGGACUCCAUCCUGCCGCCGCCGGUGCGUCGCAGCAAGCUGAGCCCGCAGCUCCGCUACUGCAGCGGCGUCCUGAAGGAGCUGCUGUCCAAGAAGCACGCGGCCUACGCCUGGCCGUUCUACAAGCCCGUCGACGCCACGUCGCUCGGCCUCCACGACUACCACGACAUCAUCAAACAGCCCAUGGACCUCAGCACCAUCAAGCGGAAGAUGGACAGCAGGGAGUACCGAGACUCUCAGCAGUUCUCUGCCGACAUCAGACUGAUGUUUUCAAACUGCUACAAGUACAACCCUCCGGACCAUGACGUGGUGGCCAUGGCCAGGAAGCUGCAGGAUGUGUUUGAGUUCUGCUUCGCCAAGAUGCCAGACGAGCCUCCGGCCCCGCCCAGCUCCUCCUCGUCCUCUUCCUCCUCUUCAUCGUCAUCAGAGAGCGAGCUCAGCAGUGAGAGUGAGGAGAGCGAGAGCAGCCCGAGCUCGGACUCUGAGGAGGAGCGAGCCAACCGGCUGGCGGAGCUGCAGGAGCAGCUGAAGGCCGUGCACGAGCAGCUCACCGCGCUCUCCCAGGGCCCCAUCGUCAAGCCCAAGAAGAAGAAGGAGAAGAAAGACAAGAAGAAGAAGAAAAAGGUGGAGAAGGACAAACACCGCAGGAUGGACGAGGAGCUGCCGUCUGUCAAGCCCGCCAAGGCCCCCAAAACCAGCAAGACCCCCAAAGCCAAGAGCAGCAGAGGCGUGUCCUGCCCUGUGAUGCCCAUGAAGAAGGCUCCCAGCAAGAAAACCAACAAGAGCAAGUCCAAAAAGGCCAACAUGAUGUUCAGCGUGCCGCAGCCGGUCCACGAGCCCCUGGUGGGUCACUUCGACUCCGACGAGGAGGAGGAGACGGCGCCCAUGUCGUACGACGAGAAGCGGCAGCUCAGCCUGGACAUCAACAAGCUCCCCGGGGAGAAGCUGGGCCGCGUGGUCUACAUCAUCCAGUCCAGGGAGCCCUCGCUGCGAGACACCAACCCCGAGGAGAUCGAGAUCGACUUCGAAACCCUGAAGCCGUCCACGCUCAGGGAGCUGGAGAGAUACGUCAUGACAUGUCUGAGGAAGAAGCCCAGGAAGCCUUAUGCGGCGAGUAAGAAGAACAGCGCGGGGAAGUCCCGGGAGGAGCUGGCCCUGGAGAAGCAGCUGGAGCUGGAGAGGAGGCUGAUGGACGUCAGCGGUCAGCUCAACUCCGGCAAGAAACCCGCCAAGACCAAACCAGAGAAGCCUGCGGCCGAGCCUCACGCGCAGCCGUCCAGACUGAGCGCCAGCAGCUCCUCCUCCGACUCCUCGUCCUCCUCGUCUUCGUCGUCCUCGUCGGACACCAGCGAGUCGGACUCGGGCUGAGAGUCUCCACGGCCGGAGGAGUCGCAGAGCGUCUCACCUUGAACUGUAGAGGAGCUGCGUCAGCGGGCCGGGCCGGGCCGGACCGGCGGCCUGAGGCUUCCCUCGACUCGGCACAAAGAGGUGGAGGGGGCGGGCGGAGGGAUCAGGGUGCUACACCGGAGUCUGAGGACCUCUGGACAGAAUGUCCCUCCUCCCGGCUCCGCCUCCAUGCUGUAUAGAUCAGGUGUACAGUAGUUUUCUUUCAUAAAGAAGAGAUAUUUAUUUCCCUCAUGCUGGGAAAGCUUGAACGUGGUGCGGCCGGAGCGUUUUGUGUUUGUUUUUUUUCCCCCGAGUGCUGCGGAGGGGGAAACGUGGGCGUGUGUGAAUGUGAGCGCGGUAUGAAUGUGACCCGACACCACAGCUGCAGCCUUGUGAGUCCUCCUGGUUUUGACGCAGGCGUUGAAAUGGCUCUGCAGUCUGCACGCAGAAGCACCUUGACUGAGUGAAACCCACUACCCUGCUUCCUCACGUCUCCAUCCUCUGUACAGAAGCGUGACCCGGACAUUUCUGUGGCCUGUCGUCUUCAUUUCAGCUUCUCUUUGUAAACAUGUUUGAGUUUUUCACCUUGUGACCAAUCUGCUAAUAAACAGUGAGGACGGUCGUCCGCUCACGCUGCCCAAUAACAAACUGCUUCCUUUGACUUCUUUGACUUGAGCCACAGAAAAGAGCUGGAAGACCUCACUCCUUCAUGUCUGCUUCUGUGGCGCCGUUCUCCUCACGGUGGUGGGAAUAUUCCAGACGCAAAGUGUGCGGGAGCUUUUCUCUGAUGUUGAUGUUUGGUACGACUAAACUGUUCUGAGUAAAGUGUUUCUUUAAAUUGGAUGUGGCUUGAUUUUAGUUAGUCAGAAGUUAUUUAUUUAGAAGAGAAACCUUUAUCCUGGAAGUUCUUCUCUUGGAUCUGUAGAAGUGUCUGUUUUUCUUUCAGCUUCAGACUCUGAAGCGUCUCAGUCGGUUUCUUUUGUCUUCUAAACAAAUGUUCCAGUUAGUUCAGAAUGUGAAGCCUCUGUAUGGACUCAUCAGUCAUCUCAUGUACAGAAAUAAACGGACAUGUUGGUUCU